UCCAAUCUUUUAUCACCCAAAAACCAAAAUAUAAAAACUCCCUCAAAAAAACAAUGAUGCAAAUUUCAACACAUUUUAUUGGUUUUCUUACAAUACUUUGCAUUACUUUACAAAUUAGCUCAACUUUAGCAACAAAAACCACACCAACAUACACAGAUUUUCUAAAAACAUCAUGCAAGUCAACACUUUACCCUCAACUUUGUUACAAUUCCCUUUCAUCUUAUGCAAGUGACAUCCAAACAAGCCCUCAAAUGCUAGCGAACGCCUCCCUCUCGGUGACCUUAGCCACCACCAAGACCACCGCCGCGUUCAUAUCUAAGAUGUCAAAGGGCCCCGCGAUACGGCCUAGGGAGGCGGGUGCUCUAAAGGACUGUUUGGAAGAGUUGAGAGAUGCAGUAAGAGAGCUUCAAGGUUCUAUCAAGGAGAUGAGUCACAUAAAAGGUAGCAACAAAGUUGGGAUUAUGAUGAAUGAUAUAGAAACUUGGGUGAGUGCUGCAUUGACGGAUUCGGACACGUGUAUGACUGGAUUUGAUGGGAAAAUCAUGGAUGGAAAGUUAAAGAAGGUUGUGAGAGGAAAGAUUAUGAACAUUUGCCAUCUUACUAGCAAUUCCUUGGCUUUGAUCAAUUGUUAUGCUUCAUCCAUGCAGGGUUAAUUAAUUAGCUAGAUAAACAUUCCAUAAUUAGUUCGUAUUUUGGUUUGAUUUUUUAUUGGUUUUCUUUUUAGUUCUAAGAACAAGUUUUCGGUGUGUGUUAUAUUAGUUAGUUUGGAGUAAUUAAGCUAGAUAAAGAUUCAAUAAUUAGUUUGGAGUGAUUCGUGAUGGUUUCCUUUAGUUCUAAGAGCAAGGUUUUUGGUAAAUAUUAAGAUUGUUUUAGAUAAAGAUUCCAUAAUAUUUUUUUUUUUGAUAGUAUAAAGAUUCCAUAAUUAGUUUGGA